AGGACUCAGAGGAGGCGGCGGGGCUCACUGUUGCUUGGUGACCUCCGUGCGCUGGACAGACUGGCACAGGCCGAGGCGGAAGGAGCUCCGACGGCGGGCGCGAUGGAGACGGACAGCAUCUGGAGCUGGAGCCGCACAUCUGGCCGUGGAGCCCGCCCGCGCGGCCUCGCCCCCUCCUCCCCGCGCCCCAGUCACUUCCUGUCCGGGAGCGGUAGUCAGUGUCGCUUUAACCCCCUGUGGGACCGCGCGGGGAUUCGGAGGAGGCGGGGCUCAGGCUGCCCCGUGGGCUCAGGCCCAGAGCCCAGAGCAACCAGCACAAUAGCGUCCAACAGCUGGAGCGCCACUGGCAGCCCCGGGGAGGCCCGGGAGGAUGGGCCCGAGGGCCUGGACAAGGGGCUGGACAACGACGCGGAGGGCGUGUGGAGCCCGGACAUCGAGCAGAGCUUCCAGGAGGCCCUGGCCAUCUACCCGCCCUGUGGCCGGCGCAAGAUCAUCCUGUCGGACGAGGGCAAGAUGUACGGUCGGAAUGAGCUCAUUGCCCGCUAUAUCAAACUGAGGACUGGGAAGACUCGGACAAGGAAACAGGUGUCCAGCCACAUACAGGUUCUAGCUCGGAAGAAGGUGCGCGAGUACCAGGUUGGCAUCAAGGUCUCUAGCCACUUGCAGGUUCUAGCCAGGCGGAAAUCUCGGGAGAUUCAGUCCAAGCUGAAGGCCAUGAACCUGGACCAGGUCUCCAAGGACAAGGCCCUCCAGAGCAUGGCGUCCAUGUCCUCAGCCCAGAUUGUGUCCGCCAGUGUCCUGCAGAACAAGUUCAGCCCGCCUUCACCGCUGCCGCAGGCCGUCUUCUCUGCAUCCUCCAGGUUUUGGAGCAGCGCCCCGCUCCUGGGACAGCAGCCUGGACCCUCUCAAGACAUCAAGCCCUUCGCACAGCCAGCCUACCCCGUCCAGCCGCCCCUGCCGCCGACACUCAACAGUUAUGAGCCCCUGGCCCCGCUCCCCCCAGCCACUGCCUCCGUGCCGGCGUGGCAGGACCGAACCAUCGCCUCCUCCCGCCUGCGGCUCCUUGAGUACUCAGCCUUCAUGGAGGUGCAGCGAGACCCUGACACGUACAGCAAACACCUGUUCGUGCACAUUGGCCAGACCAACCCCGCCUUCUCCGACCCACCGCUGGAGGCAGUAGAUGUGCGCCAGAUCUAUGACAAGUUUCCCGAGAAGAAGGGUGGGCUGAAGGAGCUCUACGAGAAGGGGCCCCCCAAUGCCUUCUUCCUCGUCAAGUUCUGGGCCGACCUCAACAGCACUAUCCAGGAGGGGCCUGGCGCCUUCUAUGGGGUCAGCUCCCAGUACAGCUCUGCCGACAGCAUGACCAUCAGCGUCUCCACCAAGGUGUGCUCCUUUGGCAAGCAGGUGGUGGAGAAGGUGGAGACAGAGUACGCCCGACUGGAGAAUGGCCGCUUCGUGUACCGCAUCCACCGCUCACCCAUGUGUGAGUACAUGAUCAACUUCAUCCACAAGCUCAAGCACCUGCCUGAGAAGUACAUGAUGAACAGUGUGCUGGAGAACUUCACCAUACUGCAGGUGGUCACAAACCGGGACUCCCAGGAGACCCUGCUGGUCAUUGCCUUUGUCUUCGAAGUCUCCACCAGUGAGCACGGUGCCCAGCACCAUGUCUACAAGCUCGUUAAAGACUAGGGGGCCUGCAGCGCACCCCAAGGACCCAGGACGAGCACCUACCAUGCACUUGCCCGGCACCACCAGGGGCCCGGGGUGAGGACCCGCCGCCCCACCCCUGCCGCUGUUCUGCGCUUUGGCUGUGGGGGCAGAGGAGUUCGAUGGCAGGCACUACCUGGCUACCACCCAACUCUGUGUGGUGCCCUCAGAGGCAGGGAUGGCAGACACCUUCAGGCACUAGUGCUGGCCCCAGACCACAGGGAGUGUGGUGGCAGGGGAGGCAGAGAGGAGGCCGAGGCCGGCAGCUUGCAGGGGACCAGGAGGGUGGAGAUAAGGCAGGCUCAUCUGGGGCCCAGGUCCCACUACCUCCAGGGCAGGGGAGACUUGCAGGGGCCAUACCAGGGCAGAGAGGGGGAGCAUAGUGGCUUCCAUUGCCCACUGUGGCGGGGCCCCAGUGCCCACCAGAGCUGGCCCCUACAAAAGGGCGCAGGUGGAGCAGAGCCCGGGCUUGUCCCACCUCCAGCCUGGCUGGGCCUCAGGCCCCCACACUAGUACUGGGCUGAAGGCAAUACCAGGCCUAGGCUGGCCAGUCCCAGCCACUUCCAGGCACUGGGUCCACAUAAGUACUGUGCCCUCCCCCACACCUGCCCACUUCCUGCACCAGCUGCCUGUGGCUUGGGCCACACCUCACCUAGGUUUUAUAAUGUGUUAUAUAUAUAUAUAUAUAUUUUUGUGUACUUUCUAAAUCCGCUGUGAUGGGUUAGACUAUAAAUGUGGCUUGGGGCAGGGCCUAAGACCUGCCCCCUGCUCAAGUAAGAAAUUAAAAUUAUU